AUGAAAGCUUAUGAUGGGAGCUCAGAUCCAAAGGAGUUUGUAACUGUUUUUCGAGCAGCAAUGUCAUUAUGUGGAGAAUCAGAUUCAUUGCUAUGUCGAACCUUUCCAGUUUUUCUGAGGAAACAAGCAUUAGAAUGGUUCACGGCGUUACCCGUAAACCCUGUGGACAGUUGGUCGCAACUAUCUUUUCACUUUAUACAACAAUUUGCUCAUUGUGGACCCCAGCCUAAGACCACACACAAUUUGUGUGGAGUAAGACAGAAGCCGGGAGAAAACGUGAGAGAGUAUUAUGAAAGAUUCCAAGCAGAAGCUAGACAAGUGAAAGGGUUAGAGAAUCAGACGUACUUGUUGUUAUUUACCACCGGGUUGCAGCCUGGCGGGUUGGCAGAUUCAUUGGCAAAGAAAAGUACGGCUACUAAAGAAGAUUUGAUGGAAAGAAUUCGCAAGUACAUUGAUCUGGAAGAAUUUAAGUCUUCUCAAAGGCAAAUUGAACAAGGUUUCAGAGAGGUUACAUUUAGGGAGACUGAUGGGCCUGCAGGGAGAGGACAGUUUGAAGAAAGGCGACCUCGGGUAGUCGGAGAAAGAUUUAGAGAUGCAUACAGGAGGGAGUUUACACCGUUGAACAAAUCCAGAGCCCAAAUAUUCAAGGAAGUAAUGUCAACAGAAAUGCGGAAGGUUCCUAGGCCGCCGCCGAUUCGGUCAAGCUACGCACAAGCAGAUAAGACCAAGUGGUGCGAGUUUCAUCGGGGGUAUGGACACCUUACAAAUGAAUGCUUCAAUUUGAUGAAUGUUAUCGAAAUGCUGAUUAAAGAGGGGAAGUUACAUAAGUACGUGAGGAGAGGAGAAGAAGAAGGCUGUAAGAAAGAUAGAGAUAGGCGACUAGAUCGUAGCCGCAGCCCGCCAUAA